AAGACUGUAGUAACUCAAAUUUUCCACUUUUUGAGUUACGAGCGCAAAACAAUAAAACAUAAUGAUAUCUUCCCCAGGAAAGAAUCGUAUCUCAGUAAACGUAGUUAUGCAACCAAUAUUACGUGUAAGAGUUUUAUAGUAUCUCCGAUUUAUGAAAAACAACCGUAGAAAAUCAUCGUAUCUUGAGUUACAAUAGUCUUCGUUGUUAUCUGAGGCGAUAGCAUAGGUAUCGUAACAUGAGUUACUACGGUAUUCUGCGUUAGUUUAAGGUUAUGUUCAAAAGUUUAGUUUUGUUAUAAUUGCCAUAAUGUGUUCCAGAAGUGAGUUAAUAUUGGAAUUAGCUGAGAAAGCGUAUAAAAACACUGAAACGGAUAUUUCUUAUCGUUCUUUUGAAGGUAAACAUAUUGCUGAAAGUAUUGUAGAAGAAAGCAAAUACAAAAAGGCGAAUGAGGAUCCUGGUGACCACGAGACUGAUAUUAAUCCUGAAUGUUUUACAGUAAGCUUAGAAGAGAAUGAAGCCAAUAGGAAUGAAAAUGAAAUAAUUGAGAAUGAAAGCGAUGAGGAACCAUUUCAUGCAGACUCUGAUACUAACCCAGAUUACAUUCCGACAGAAGACAAAAGCAUCCCUGAAGUAAUAAUUGAACCUAAUAAGAAUAUAACUGAAGCAACCACAAAUAGAAAGAGAAGAAGCAGAGGCAAUAUAGAGAGAGUAAGUAGGAAAAGAAUUAGAGACGUUAGUGAGUGGGCGGAUGAAAAAUCUAAAACAAGUCUAAACCUGGGACUUGAACAUGAAAAUCGAAAAGGUAUUCAAAUUAAAGGAAGACAGAUGGGUGCACCAUGCGCAAACACAAGUUAA